GUCUACAUUUGGAAAACAAGGAAGUGCGCAGCCAGCGGGCAAAUCACAAAGCACCAUCAAACACCCAACGGUUAUUUUAAACACUUCAUCUGCUUUCACUCACAAAUACACUAUGGCAUAUCAGCUUUACAGAAACACGACUCUCGGAAACAGUCUACAGGAGAGUCUUGAUGAACUUAUUCAGACUCAACAGAUCACUCCACAGUUAGCCCUCCAAGUACUAUUACAGUUUGAUAAGGCCAUCAACACCGCAUUAGCCAACCGGGUCCGCAACAGGGUCAAUUUUAGGGGGUCGCUUAACACAUACAGAUUCUGUGAUAAUGUUUGGACAUUUGUUUUAAAUGAUGUUGAGUUUCGGGAGGUGACUGAAUUGGUCAAGGUGGACAAAGUCAAAAUUGUAGCAUGUGAUGGCAAAAACACUGGUUCUAAUGCAGCUGAGUAAGAAAAAAGGAGAGGAGAGAAAGAUAAAUGAAUCGCUGGCUGAUGGGGAGGAUGAAGAGAGUUAAAAACAAGGCACACAGCAGCUGGGACAGUGUUUAUAUUAUUUAUUACAAGAAACAGUUCUUCAGCCUUCAUACAACAACCUGCUCAAUUGAGGACUGACAAAAGUAUGGAGCACACAAGGCCUUGGAUGUCACGUAGAAUUGUUAUUUUUUAUAUAUAUAAAUAUAUAUCAUUUUCAUAGAAAUGCCUAUGCUUAUCAGUUUGUUACAGUUGAGCCUAUUCUCUAAUAAACUUGUUUUAAAGGUUA